AUGAAUGCGGCGGGAUUCAAUUCACAGGGAAGAUCAACUCGGAGCGACCCGUUCACCCCGCCAAUCGACUCCGCUUGGUCGAAUUACCCACAAAGGAACUUACUGCAGGAUUUCCCGCCCCCACCUCGACAAGGUACUGCUCAUUCCCUUCCCGUCGCCUGGACGGUGGCGGCUGCUGCCACCAUGCUGAGGCGCGAUAUCAAAAUUGCGGGAGAAGCGAGGGUCAUCAACGCCCGCACGCCAGGGGCUAUCACCUGACCUCCACGCUGCUGAGGAAGGGCGCUGAGGCUGCGGCUACCAAGGCAAUAGACUCUGUGGUGGAUGACCUCGAGGGCGUUAUACAUAUGGCUCGAGAGGAUGUUGAUGACCUUCAAGAACGGGCUACUAAACGUCGCGAGAAGAAACCGGAAGGAGCCGCCACCAGAUCUGCUGCCGCUGCUGCGGUGGCUGCUGCUGCUGCCGAACGAGGUCUAAGCUUAGGAGUCGAUGCACGUCUCGCUCGCUCGGAUCCGCUUGAGGCGCUUUUUUCAACGGACAGACGAGAAGCCCACAACCCGCGACGACUCCUCCACGACAACGGCAAACGGCUAUCGACCAGCACCGCGACGGGGUGAAGCAGAGCGUGUUAGAAGAUGAUGUGUUGAAGGAGGAGCUGAGGGAGGUGCUGGAUGUCGGAGAACUUAAAAGAGGCAGCGGCGACGAAGGCUGCUGUCGAUGCGGAGAACAUUCGCGCACUGGUCGCCUCUAUAGAGACGCUGAAGCUGCACUCCCUCAGCAACAUCGGCCGCGCUGCCUACAACACCGUCAUUGCCGCAGCUGCUGGAGCGGAGCACACGUGCGAUCCUGAUGACCCUUGCACCCCGGAUGAGCCGUGCGCACCUGCUGAGCCGCAUGGUGCCGUCAGCCUUGCCGCGCGAGUAUAGGGUCUCGGUGUGAGAGACCCAACGUUCCGUGCAGCGCGUGCCCGUAUGCACAGGACUGACCACACCAUACCUCCACAGGAAGAUUUGGAGAAGGGGAGAUACCUCUGGGCUCCUCGCAAGGAGAGGAGCGACAAGAUGGACGAACGUGUCAUGGGUUUGGCGAGGAGGUUCUGGCACUCUGACGAUAUUUCUCGUGCGUCGGGAGACUCCGGAAAGCGGACGAAAGCUAUGUGGAGGCCUCCAAGAAGGGAGGGGAGAAGCAUCACCCCCGUAGGCAGCUCGUGGUCGCGGGGGACCAAGUAUGGCGCAAGUUUAUGAAGUGGCUGGAGUACUUGGGGCUUAAAGCGGAGCUGCUGAGGGAAGACAGUAGCUUCGCGGACCCUGGGCGGACGCUGUUCCUCUCGACGCGGUGUGGGUGUUAUGUGGAACCCAAGGUAUCGCAGUGUGCAUGCCAGAUCCACACGCAGCAGGGGAUGUACCUGAAGGCCUUCGAGAUGUUGAUGCCUGCAAUACAUGCCAACUGCAACUGCACGUGCAAGUGGUGCGACGGGGGGAGUGGGUGUGGAAGUGGAUGGCCAUGUGUAAAGAUCUGCACAGCUUUUCUGAGGCUGUGGCUUGCGAGAUGGUAGACUUUGUUGAAGAGGACCGAGGGGGUAGGUUUGAGCACUGGGGGAGGAAGCCCGCAUACGUUGCGAUUGAAUGCUCCGAAUGCGGGUUUAGCAACCCUGGCAGCAUCCCCAUGAACUGCGAUGCCCUGGGGUCUAUGGCGGACAGAGUAGUCGGGUGGCUUCGGUACAAGGAUCAAGUCAUGGAGGAUGGGAAGGUGCACAAGAAGCAGCGGCUACCCCAGGCUGGAAAACUGGGUGACCUGUGGCAGGAGUUUGUGGAGCACUCCAAGAAGUAUCUUCAUCACCAUGAGCUAGCCAAGU